CUCCCUUCCAGUUGAACUUCCGGUGUAACUCUCGUACUUCGUCCAUCGGCAUUCCAGCUCUCCUUCCUUCAGUAGCUCUCUCAAUUCUCUAUCGGUCGAUUAUUCUAUUCUCUGGCUUGUCGUCCUUCAACGGCCAUUCGCACUGCUGACCCAUUCCUGUGAUGUAACCGAAGACAGCUCUCUGGCUGUCCGAAUCCGGUCUAACAUUAUCGGAGAGCUGUCAUUCCCUCAUUUCUCCUUCUUAGUCUACGUAACUUGUAUCAGUGAAGCCUCUGGAAACUUGGCCAUGAUCUAUCCGGUUGCAGUAUCAAAUGUCAGGGCAGUCAGGUGGUCCACGACCGUGACAGGAGGCCGUCCUCGAGCCAUCCAGUUCGCAUCGUCCCGACUCCUACAGUCUUCCUUGCAGCGCCGUCAGCUAUGGCGAUGUACAGACCAGAGAUACAACUACGACUACCUAGCAAAGCAGAUGGACAAGCAAAGGCGACUUUGCAUGUCAAAGCUCCGCGACGUGCCGGCUCGACAUCCGCGGAAAGCGCACAUGUACGAAAGGCAUCAUCUGUGGCGCAAUCGAGAUUGCGGAUCAGGCUAUCGCAAAGAUAAUCCCUCCAGAUUCGAAAAGGAUAGGGAGCAUAAACAUGAUUUCUGGGAAGCCGAAAGGGCGCGCGCCAAGCAGAGGAUGGAGCAGAUGAGGAGCGAGAUCGAGAAGGAUCCUUAUGCAGCAUUGUUUGGAAGGAGACUAGAGCCGUUUAGGUCUUUUGAGAGACUUGAAAACACCUUCACCUCCCUCUGCCGUUCUCUUUUAGGUCUUGACAAACCCUCAAACACAAUUAACACGACAGCACGUCCGAAGACAUCCGCAGCCGCCUCGAAGGACGCUCCAGAUGUUGGCAAGGAGGCAAAGUCGAAUAUAAGCCGUGGGUCUCAAUCUUCAACCGGUGUCUCCUCUGGAGCAGGUAAAUCAAGCUACGAAUUUGACCCUAUCAGUGGCCGUAUGGUGCCAAAGCCUUCCGCACAAACCACUCCGGCAGGGAAGGGUACUCGCGGCAACGGCCAUACCGCAUCAGUGGAUACUCCACACUCUCAUUUCGAACGUACGGGCUAUAUGUCUGCGAUUAACCGAUCAGCUGAAGGACCUCAGUCGAGAAAAGUCUCAAAAAGUUCACAGACGGAAAGUAACUUGCAACGAAAUGUGCCUGUGGCACCAGUGGCGGAUGAAACCAUCCAAGCUCAGGAGCUGCAAGAUUCAAGAUUGUCAAAGCGCACUCAAAACAGAGCCUCAUGGACUUUGGCAACUCCUCGGGGACCCCCAAAGGAUAUCUUAGAAGAGUCCGGUAGUCCCUCGGGAACAAUCAUAGCCGGACCACCCAAAGCUCAGGACAAAAUGGGACCAAAUGAUGCCAUAAAUGGCGGCGGAACCACCUAUGAGCAUCUGGAAAUGCCACUCAACAAUUACCUCUUUCGGGACCAAGAAGGUGGUGAGCGCUUAACCAAAUCUUCUGCCCCAAAAGGCAUCCUGGACUCGACUCAAGAACAGGAUAGGAUGCGAGCCGAGAAGGAGGAUGAUUUGGACCUCCUGAGCGCUAGUGAUAUCCGUUCUCACUACUACAUGGAUAAUUUUGAACCGCAUCCUGACACGAAGAAGCAAACUCGCAAAAGUAUGGACGACAAGUUCGAUUCAUUUGUCGAUCCUGCAGGUGACAUUGACGCUCAAAGUGUCCGAAGCAAGUUUCAAGCCCAUGGGGCCGUGGGUGCGAUUGACGAGGCCACAAAGCCAACUAAAACAGAUACUAGGGUACAGCCCGAUUCUCAAGAUGUGAAACCCCUAGGAACUUCCCAAGCAGUUAUCCAGAAUGACGAGCAUCAAGCUACUCAACACUCUGAUCACACUACUAAUACUCCGCAGCCGCUUCCUGACAGUUCAGCAAUUGAAACCUAUCGAGUUCUUGCUUAUGACCCCUCAACUCUUCAAGUGACUGAAGCGGAUACGAGCUCAUCCUUCCAUACCUCGAACAAACCCAUUCAUCCUACAAGGGUCCUGAGUCGCUUAAAUGCCCCAGCCAAAUUCCUGCCCUAUUUUGCGAAAAUGCAUGCCGAUGGUUAUGAGAUCGUGUACGGUGGCGGAGAUCUCCUUGUGUUCAGGAAAACCAGCGGUUCUCUGUAUAAGGAGGAUGGCCUCUCACCUAAGACUGCACGGAAAGUCGAGGCCAACCUCAAGAGCCAGGGCAAUGAGGCCUCGAGGCAAAGUAUAUCGCCCAGCAAGCUGCCACUGGCGCAAGGCAGCGCCAGUGCUGAGCACUCUUCCAGCCAAGCACCCCAGCAUCAGCCUGUAUUGCCCGAUGACAGUGCUUCGCAGGGCCAAAGCUCUUCUUCGAAGAACGCAUCCAGACUUGGCCAAGCUGUACGCAGGAUGUUCAUCGGCGGUGUAGCCACUGCUGGGACAUGCUAUGCCAUUGGUGUCGUUGUCGAGUACUUCCGCACCGGCGGACAGGAUGGGCGAGGUAUCGAUGCUUUCACGGCCUUCGAGUCGGAAAGACGGCACGGGGAUUGAGCUUUCAUUUCUGCCUAAUUUGUAUGACUAUUCCUACGAGGAUCUACCGUGUCAGUUUGGAUACGAUAUGUAAGACUCCAUCUCCUCUCCGUAGCAGAAAUCACAAUCUUCCUUUCAAAUUAAGAUACAUUAUCUGUUCCGU